UUGCGCACUCGUCACGAAAAACGAACUCUUCCCUCCAACACGGAGGAAGUUCUGCGCUUCAUCCACUGGGGACAGGCUGGUGGGGGCAGGGGCAGGGGAGGGAGGGGGGGAGGAGGGAGGAGAGAGGGAGGGAGGGAGGGGAGGGCAGCUCUCAGAGGGACGAGGUGCCUGGUGGAGCGACACGGGCUCUGCUUUCCAGGACUCCGCCGCGCUGCGCGUUUUUCCUCCUCCGCCUCUCCGUCCUCCAAUUCCGGCCUAAAACUCCCCUCUAACGGCGGCGGACUUCCAGAGACCCGGUUCAACACCCCCCUUCCCCCCCCAACAACCCCCCCAUCCUCCCCUCUACCCGGCGGACAGGUGAUGAUGGCGCGCGGAGCGGCUCUCCGUGACGCGCGGAUCCCGGGGGGGCCCCGGGGGCCCCUGGGGCUCCCGGGGUGGCUCCUGGGGCUCCUGGGGCUGCUCCUCGCGACCGGUCCCGGCCCCGCGCGGGCCCAGGAGCUGCCGAGCCCCGGGCUGAACGGCUACAGCCUGCACCCGCCCUACUUCAACCUGGCGGAGGGCACCAAGAUCGCCGCCACCGCGACCUGCGGGGAGGACGAGGCCGGCAGGAGCGUGCGCGACCUCUACUGCAAGCUGGUGGGGGGGCCCGUGUCCGGGGACCCCAGCCAGACCAUCCAGGGCCAGUACUGUGACGUGUGCGACCUGGGCCACAGCGACCGCGCCCACCCCAUCACCAACGCCAUCGACGGGACGGAGCGCUGGUGGCAGAGCCCGCCGCUGUCCCGCAGCACCGAGUUCAACCAGGUCAACGUCACCCUCGACCUGGGCCAGCUUUUCCACGUGGCCUACGUCUUGAUCAAAUUCGCCAACUCUCCCCGUCCAGACCUGUGGGUUCUAGAGCGGUCCACUGACUCCGGCCGGACCUACCAGCCCUGGCAGUUCUUUGCCUCCUCUAAGAGAGACUGUAUCGAGCGUUUUGGGCCGAGAACCAUCGAGAGAAUCAGCAGUGAUGAUGACGUCAUCUGCACCACCGAGUACUCCCGCAUAGUGCCGCUGGAAAAUGGGGAGGUGGUGGUGUCCCUGGUUAACGGUCGACCGGGGGCCAUGAACUUCUCCUACUCGCCGGUGCUGAGGGACUUCACCAAGGCCACCAACAUCCGCCUCCGCUUCCUGAGGACCAACACGCUUUUGGGGCACCUGAUGGGCAAGGCGCUCCGGGACCCCACAGUAACCCGUAGGUAUUACUACAGCAUCAAAGACAUCAGUAUCGGAGGACGCUGUGUGUGUAACGGGCACGCCGAGGCCUGCAACGCCCAGGACCCCAACGACCCCUACAAGCUGCAGUGCGACUGUCAACACAACACCUGCGGCCUGUCCUGCGACCAGUGUUGUCCCGGUUACAACCAGUUGCCCUGGAAACCGGCCACAACCUACAGCGCCAACGAGUGUGAACCGUGUAACUGCCACCGGCACUCUUUCGAGUGCUACUACGACCCGGAGGUGGACCGGAGGCGGGGCAGCCUGGACGUCCAGGGCCGCAGCAGGGGGGGGGGCGUCUGCCUCCACUGCCAGCACCACACCACCGGGGUCAACUGCGAGCGCUGCAUCCCCACCUACUACCGGUCACCUGACCACCCCCUGGACUCCCAGCUGGCCUGCUCACCCUGCAACUGCCAGUCGGAGUUCACCAACGGGAGCUGUGAGGAUCUGACCGGCCGCUGCUUCUGCAAGCCCAACUACAGCGGGGAGGACUGCCACUCCUGCGCCAGCGGCUUCAUCCACUUCCCCGCCUGUUACCCCAUUCCCACCUAUCCAACCAACAACAACAAUGGGGAGGCCAAGCCAGCCGGAGAGAUCAUCAACUGCGAGUGCAGCGCUCCGGGCACCGUGGACAACUCCUGCCGGCCGGACCCCCAGACCCGGACCUGCGUGUGCAAACCGGGCUUCGCCGGGGACCACUGCGACGCCUGCGCCCCGGGGUUCCACGGACCCAACUGUCAGGCCUGCCAGUGUUCGGGCGCGGGCUGCCAGGAGGGGUCAUGUGACCCGGCGGGCGGUCAGGGCAGCUGCCGGACGGGUUUCCAGGGCUACCACUGUGACUCCUGCGCGCCGGGAUACUUCAACUACCCGCUCUGCCAGCAGUGUUCCUGUGACCCUCGCACGUCCAGAGACUCCGGCUGCUCUGAGUCUGGCCUUUGCCACUGCCGGCCCAACUACAGCGGGCCGUCCUGUGACCAGUGCGCCCCCGGUUACUACGGCUACCCCAGCUGCACCCCCUGCCAGUGCUCGGCCGAAGGCUCCGGCCACAGCAGCUGCCACCAGGCCAGCGGUCAGUGCGCCUGCCUGCCCGGCGUGGGGGGGCCGCGCUGCGACAGCUGCGCGCCGGGCUUUUACGGCUUCCCCAGCUGCAAAGCUGGCUCUUGUCACCCGGCCGGUUCCGUUGACCAUGCGGUUCUGCCACCGGGGGGCCAGUGUGAGUGUCGUCAGCACGUGGAGGGUCCAGCCUGUGACCGGUGUAAACCCCUGUACUGGAACCUGUCCCCAGACACCUCAGCUGGAUGCUCCAGUAAGACCCCCCCCGUUUCCCCCCCGGGCUACGGGCCGUGGGCAGCACUGACCCGUUCGUUCUGGCUCUUUUCUCCCGCAGGCUGUGAAUGCAACACGGCGGGGACGCUGAGUGGGGUGGCUGAGUGUGCACAGGAGACGGGUCAGUGCCCCUGUAAGCCCGGCGUGUGCAGCGGGACCUGCUCCACCUGCAGGGACGGCUACCACAACCUGCAGGACCACAGCUACUUCGGCUGCUCCGGUUGCCAGUGCGACAUCGGGGGGGCGGUGGGUCAGGUGUGCGGGAACCGGAACGGUCAGUGCCAAUGCCGACCCAACGUAGAGGGGCCCAAGUGCAACUUUCCUCGUCCGGAUCAUUACUUCCCAGACCUCCACCACCUGAAGUUUGAGAUAGAGGAGGGAACCAUGCUGGACGGCCGACCGGCGCGGUUCGGCUACAACCAGCUGGAGUUCCCAAACUUUAGCUGGAGGGGUUAUGCUCAGAUGUCCCCCAUUCAGUCCAAAGUGCUGGUGGCGGUUUGGGUCACCUCUCCGGACCUGUUCCGCGUGGUGCUGCGCUAUGCCAGCCGGGGGGGCGCGCAUGUUCAGGGCAGGGUGUCGGUCAUAGAGGAGGCCCGGGACCACCGCUGUGGUAACUUGAAGCUUCAGGUUUAUGUGAGUGAGGCAGACGUCUAUCUGACUCGUUUCAUCCUCAGAUAUGUCAAUUCUGAGGGAGUCACCUCCAACGGUAAAAUAACAGCCUAUCAGACCAGCCGCACAGGCUCGGAGCAGUCCAAGCAGAUCGUCUUCGCCCCCAGCGCCCAGCCCACCUUCGUCAACGUCCCGCAGAACAGCUUCGUGGAGCCCUUCGUCCUGAACCCGGGGGCCUGGACGGUGGUCAUAGAGGCAGAGGGGAUCCUGCUGGACUACCUGGUCCUGCUUCCCAGCGCCUACUACGAAGCCCCCAUCCUCCAGAUCAGAGUCACCGAACCCUGCCACUACAGCCCGGAGGUCAACCAGAACUGUCUCCUGUACACGUAUCUGUCUCUGGACUCCUUCCCCACCAUCUCUGGUCAUGAUGCCAGCUGUCGGCAUGACAACCACCUCCCGCGCCAAUGCCAGAUCGAGAAGGUGACCCCGCGUCAUCCCGAAAUGGCGGUCUGCAGCGGACAUGACAUCAUUGUUGCUCUAAGAGGGAGACUUUCAGCUCCGGGCAGCUAUGUUGCGGUGAUUGAGUAUUCCAGCGAGGAGGAACUGCCUCAGGUUUUGUCCGUUGCCGUGAACGUGCCGGGAGCUCGUGCACACCAGCACCGGGUCACCCUCCUGCACUGCAAAUACAGCUUCCUGUGUCGGGCGGUGGCCAUCGAUGACCAGAACAGGGUGGCUGUCUUCUCCCUGCCCGCUGACCCGGAGAUCCAGCUGUCCUCUGACCGCUCCAGCUUCUUCCUGCACAAAGUGUACCUAGUGCCUCAAGAGCAGUUUACCAUGGAGUAUGUGGAGCCUGAAGUCCACUGCAUCAACUCCCAUGGACAGUUCUCCCCCGAUAGUUCCUCCUGCGUCCCGUCCCGCUUCCAGACCCCCUCGGACUCUGUGGUCCUGAAAGAGGGCCAGAGCUCGUCCACGCUGGAGGGGACGGUCCAGGCUUCCCCCCCCGAGGCCUCCUCCCUGACCCUCCUCCAGGAAGACCAGCCGGGCUGGAUGGGGGGGGUGAAGCCGCCCUUCGGGGCGGACAACAACGACCACAUGCGUUUGGACUCGCUCCAGAAUGCAGCAGUGUAUUCGGCCCGUGUCUCCUCCCCGGGGCGCUAUGUCUUCAUCCUUCACUACCACCAGCCUCAGCAUCCCACCUACCCGGUGACGGUGGACAUAAACGCCGGGCGGAUCUGGCAGGGCCAGACCAACGCCUCCUUCUGCCCCCACGCCUACGGCUGCCGCAACGUGCUGGUCUCCCAGGACCAGAUCAUCCUGGACGUGACUGACCACGACCUCCUCCUGACCGUGCACAUACCUGCUGGGAAGACGCUGUGGCUGGACUACGUGUUAGUGGUUCCCGAGGCCAGCUACAGCUCCAGCUACCUGAACGAGGAGCCUCUGGACAAAUCCUACGACUUCAUCAGCAACUGUGGCCAAAACAGCUUUUACAUCAAUCCCUCCUCCGCCCCCCCGUUCUGCCUGGCCUCGGCCGUCUCCCUGUCGGCCUUCUUCAACAACGGCGCCCUGCCGUGUGGCUGCCACGAGGCGGGGGCCCAGAGCGACACCUGCCAGCAGUUCGGCGGCCAGUGCCAGUGCCGGCCCAACGUGAUUGGCCGGGACUGCUCCAUGUGCGCCACCGGAUUCUGGGGGUUCCCCAACUGCAGACCCUGUAACUGUGGCGAGAGGCUGUGCGAGCCCACCACGGGGGACUGCAUCUGCCCCCCGCGCACGGUGCUGCCCGAGUGCACGCGCUGCGAGCCCCAGACCUUCGGCUGCCACCCGCUGGUGGGCUGCGAGGUCUGCAACUGCUCCCGGCCGGGCCUGCUGUCCCUGGACGUGAGCUGUGACACCGACAGCGGACAGUGCAGUUCCUCCUGCGUCCCCUCCCGCUUCCAGACCCCCUCGGACUCCGUGGUCCUGAAAGAGGGCCAGAGCUCGUCCACGCUGGAGGGGACGGUCCAGGCCUCCCCCCCCGAGGCCUCCCCCCUGACCCUCCUCCAGGAAGACCAGCCGGACUGGAUGGGGGGGGUGAAGCCGCCCUUUGGGGCAGACAACAACGACCACAUGCGGCUGGACUCGCUCCAGAAUGCAGCAGUGUAUUCGGCCCGUGUCUCCUCCCCGGGGCGCUAUGUCUUCAUCCUUCACUACCACCAGCCUCAGCAUCCCACCUACCCGGUGACGGUGGACAUAAACGCCGGCCGGAUCUGGCAGGGCCACACCAACGCCUCCUUCUGCCCCCACGCCUACGGCUGCCGCAACGUGCUGGUCUCCCAGGACCAGAUCAUCCUGGACGUGACUGACCACGACCUCCUCCUGACCGUGCACAUACCUGCUGGGAAGACGCUGUGGCUGGACUACGUGUUAGUGGUUCCCGAGGCCAGCUACAGCUCCAGCUACCUGAACGAGGAGCCUCUGGACAAAUCCUACGACUUCAUCAGCAACUGUGGCCAAAACAGCUUUUACAUCAAUCCCUCCUCCGCCCCCCCGUUCUGCCUGGCCUCGGCCGUCUCCCUGUCGGCCUUCUUCAACAACGGGGCCCUGCCGUGCGGCUGCCACGAGGCGGGGGCCCAGAGCGACACCUGCCAGCAGUUCGGCGGCCAGUGCCAGUGCCGGCCCAACGUGAUUGGCCGGGACUGCUCCAUGUGCGCCACCGGCUUCUGGGGGUUCCCCAACUGCAGACCCUGUAACUGUGGCGAGAGGCUGUGCGAGCCCACCACGGGGGACUGCAUCUGCCCCCCGCGCACGGUGCUGCCCGAGUGCACGCGCUGCCAGCCCCAGACCUUCGGCUGCCACCCGCUGGUGGGCUGCGAGGUGUGCAACUGCUCCCGGCCGGGCCUGCUGUCCCUGGACGUGAGCUGUGACACCGACAGUGGACAGUGCAGGUGUAAGAACAACAUCAUCGGGCGCCAGUGCGACCGCUGCGCCCCCGGUUUCUACGGUUACCCCAACUGCCGGCCGUGCGACUGCAACGAGGCGGGCACGGAGGAGGAAGUGUGCGACUCCUUCACGGGGCGCUGUCUCUGCAAGGAGAACGUCCAGGGCUCGCGCUGCGACCAGUGCCGGAUCGGGACCUUCUACCUGGACCCCACCAACCCCAAAGGCUGCACCAGCUGCUUCUGCUUCGGCGCCACCAACCGCUGUCACAGCUCCGAUAAGAGGCGCACGGAGAUCAUGGACAUGGAGGGCUGGGUGCUGCUGGGAGCAGACAGGCAGGAAGUGCCCGUGGCCUUGUACCCGGGUCAGGACCUCGUGGAGGCGGACCUCAGCGACGUGCCCGACGUUUACCAGGACCUCCACUGGCACGCACCCAAGGCUUACCUAGGAGACAAGGUUUCGUCCUAUGGAGGUUAUCUUAGAUAUCGUCUUCAAACUCAAACCAUGAGAGGCGACGCGCUGUCCCUGCCGGCGGAAGCUUCUAGACCCGACAUCAUUCUGAAGGGAAACCAGAUGACUCUGGUGUUCAUGGAGAGGGAAUACUCCUCACCAGAAGAGCCUCACCUGGGGAUAGUUCACCUAGUCGAGGGGAGUUUCCGUCACGCCCAGACGGGGAACUCGGUGUCCCGGGAGGAGCUGAUGAUGGUUCUGGUGAGCCUGGAGUCCCUGCAGAUCCGGGCCCUCCACUCCCAGUCGGCCCACUCCGUGUCGCUGCGGGGGGCCGUGCUGGAGGGGGCCCAAAGCCUGACCACCGGGCUCCACGCCAACAACGUGGAAAUCUGCAUGUGUCCGGCCAAUUAUCUUGGAGACUCGUGCCAGAAAUGUGCUCCAGGUUACUACAGAGACACCAUCGGCCUGUUUCUGGGGAAGUGCGUUCCCUGUAACUGUAACGGUCACUCGGACCAGUGUCUGGACGGAUCUGGGAUCUGUGUGAGCUGCCAGCACAACACGGCCGGCAGCCACUGCGAGCGGUGCAGAGGCGGGUUCUUUGGGAACAACAGCCUGGACGGGCAGGCCGUGUCCUGCUCCGGCUGCCCCUGCCCACUCAGAGCCCCCUCCAACAAUUUUGCCGAGGGUUGCGUGGAGAGAAACGACAGGAUGCAGUGCCUCUGCAUGCAGGGCUACGCUGGGCAGAACUGUGAAAGGUGCGCCCCCGGUUUCUACGGCAACCCCAUGAUCCUGGGCAGCAGGUGCCAGCCGUGCGACUGCCACGGCAACACCGACCCCAACAUGCUGUUCACCGACUGCCACCCGCUGACCGGCCGCUGCCAGGGCUGCAUGCACAACACCGCCGGGGAGCGCUGCCAGACCUGCGCCCCCGGUUACUACGGCGACGCCGUCCUCGCCAAAAACUGCACCGAGUGCAGCUGUUCUCCGUGUGGAACCGAGUCAUGUGACCCUCACACCGGUCAGUGCCGCUGUAAGGAGGGAGUGACUGGACCUCGCUGUGACCGCUGCGAAGAUGGCUCCUUUGGCUUCGGGUCGUGCUCGGGCUGCCGGCGCUGUGACUGUGACGCCUCGGCCGCUCUGGUCCAGCCCUGCGACCCCCAGAGCGGUCAGUGCGCCUGCCGGCCCGGGGUGAACGGGCCCGGCUGCAGGCAGUGUGCUCCGGGGUUCUGGGACUACGGACCGGACGGAUGCAAGCGGUGCGACUGCAGAGGUGGACGGUGCGACCCCCGGACGGGGGAGUGCCGCUGCCCCGACGGCAUGGCGGGGAGGCAGUGCGACACCUGCGUGCACAAGCACAGCGUCCCGGUGGAGGACCAGCACGGCCUGCACUGCCAACCUUGCGACAGCUGCGUGAUCGUCCUGCUGGAGGAUCUGGACAGGCUGGGUGCUAACUUCAGCGCGGUGGCCGAACGGCUGGGGGGGCUGAACGCCAGCGCCAUGGCCUGGACCCAGCUGCACAAGCUCAACGCCUCCAUAGCCGACAUUUCUAGCGCCAUAGAGAAGUAUAACAGCUCGCUGGACGACAGCCGGGCCCGGGCCGACACUCUGGACGCUGAGAUAGUGACCAUCGAUGAUGAUAUUGAUGAACUUGAGAAGAAGGUGGAAGCAAUGAUGGACAGCGUUGAUGGCCUAGAGGGGAGUACCACAAAGACAUACCAGCGGGCAGAAGAUCUGCUGUCCUUUGUUGACAACAUGACUGCAGAUAUAAACAGCAUCGUUCUGAUGUCGAACCGGUCCGUGAACGACUCCGACGGGGAGCAGGACGUGGAGGAUCGGGAAAAGAAGACGAGGGAGGUGCAGGCCAUGCUGCGAGAGAUGAGGUUCCGGAGCUGUGCGCGGCAGAAGAAGGUGGCCGAGAGAGAGCGGGCCGAGGCAGAGAAACUGUUGGAGCGCGUGAGGCAGGAGCUGGCGGGCGGUCAGGAGGAGAACGAGGCCUCGGCCCGGGCCCUGGCCGAGCGGCUGGCCCGCUUCGGCCUGGAGGCCUCGGACCUCCGGGAGGCGCUGGACGAGGCGGAGAACAGGACGGCGCUGACCAGGGCGCUCAACGCGGCCGGCCGGGACCGGCUCGGGGACGUGCAGAGGACGGUGGAGGACCUGCUGCUGGGGCAGGGCGAGGGCGAGGUCAACGGGCUGCUGGCCGAGGCUGGAGAGGACCUCGCUAAGGUCAACUCGGUGAUGGCUACGCUCUACCAGUACAAGCAGGAGUACGCAGACUCGGAAGCCCAACUGGACGGAGCCCGGUCGCUUUUGGCCAAGAAGGUGCAAAACUUCACUCUGACCGGCUCCAAAAUGGCAGUCGUGGAGGAGGCGGAGAGACACGCAGAGCUGCUGAACGCUCUGGCCACCAACCUGUCCAGGUAA